AUGGCAACGCAUAGUAACACCGAAGACCUCAUUAGUCAUCUCCAAUCCGUUCUGUUGGAGCUCAACGCGAACCCCUAUCCAGAUGUCGCGUGUCCGCCGAACCUACCGAAACGCGCCUCCGUUGCACUCAUACUGCGCAUUCAGCCAAACUAUUCGCAUUGGCCGGACAAUGACGACAGUCCUUUGCCGGCUCGACGCAGGCGCUCCUCUGUUGCGCAACCUAAUGCAGAAUUCGACUUUGAGUCCUCAUUAAGCGCCUUCUUCUCACAAGAGUGGGCGAAGCACGGGGACCCGGAACUACUGUUCAUAAAGCGAGCUACACGAGUCGGCGACAAGUGGAACGGACAUGUCGCUCUACCAGGCGGAAAGCGGGAUCCAGAGGAUGAGGAUGAUCAGGCUGCAGCUGCUAGAGAAGCGCUGGAAGAGGUCGGCAUCGAUCUGAGUCCUGACAAUGCUAUUGCAGUUGGCAAUCUACCCCAGCGGAUCGUCACAACGAGCUGGGGCAAAGUACCACUCAUGGUGCUAUGCCCUUACAUCUACCUCCUGACCUCUCCAGCCUACCCACAGCAACGUCUGCAGCCCACCGAAGUAGCCUCAUCACACUGGGUUCCCAUUCGCGCGCUUCUCUCCCCGGCCCUCCGUACACACGAAUACGCCGACGUCUCAGCGCGUCUGGCAAAGUCUGAAUUAGGCAUCAAGCGCUGGUUCUUACAGGCCAUGUUAAGCAAGAUGAUGUUUGCUGCUAUACAACUUGUGCCAGCGAACUCGACGCACUGCGCAACCAUUCCAGACUUCAUACCCGUCGAGGCGGUUCCACAGGGUGUGGUGAAUACUAUUAGAGAGGCAUUGGCAGGCCCUGAAGGGAGAUCCAAGGACCGUAGACCUCCAUUACUGCUAUGGGGCUUGACGUUGGGUGUUGUGAGCGACUUUCUCGAACAUAUGCCACCACAUAAUGCGCUGGAACUCUGGACAUAUCCUACUUUCACGAACUGGGAUGUGAGGUUCGUAAUGUGGGCCAUGUCAUACCGGUUCCGAAAACAAAAGUCUCUAGAAAUGAGCACAGCCGCGUCGAGCGUAACAACGACGUCUCAAGACACGACUGAACUGCCUACACAAGACUUCCCUGGAAUCGGCAGCGAGGCGAUCGGUUCGUUGGAAGAAGAAGAGAAGCCGGGCGAGGUCGGCAUAGCUGGUUUGGGCGUCGGAAGAGGUUGGGGUCAGAGUGGUAGAGCGAAGAUGAUGGCCAGGGGAGCCGCAGUCAACUCGAUGCUAGAGGGGUAUUAUCCAUUCGUCAGGAGUGCUGUGACUACGGCACUUGUUGGUCGAAUAGGUGUUGUUGCCUUGGCAGCAUAUUUGACUUGGAAGAGGUUGAACACAAGAUAG